UUGUCGAGUUUUAACGAAGUGAAAAAGCGCCUUUUCAAGUCAGUCAAGUGCGGGUUUGCGCGCUGUGUGUUUCGUUCGUUUUAUGUUUGGUGAUUAAUUCUCUCCUUCAUCCGGUUAACAGAAAAUCGGAAAAAUGGAGAACCAGCAGGUCUGGGUGAGGGAUUCCCAGGAGGGUUUUAUUAUUGGAAAAUUCGUUGACAUGGUUGACGGUGAUGCUCUUAUCGUUCCACUGGAUUCAAAAUAUCCUCAACGUACUUGUCCUCUGGAUGAGGUUUUUCCUGCUGGAGAAUACACCAAAGAUGUCGAAGACAAUUGUGCCUUAAUGUAUCUGAACGAAGCGACUCUUUUAAAUAAUAUACGAACUCGUUAUUUCAAAGAUAGAAUAUACACGUACGUCGCUAAUAUUUUAAUCGCUGUGAAUCCUUACUACGAGGUCAAGGAUCUUUAUUCACCUCGUACAAUUAAGGCAUAUCAGGGAAAAUCUUUGGGGGAAACGCCUCCACAUGUUUUUGCCAUUGCUGAUAAAGCCUUCAGAGACAUGAAAGUGCUGAAACAAUCACAGAGUAUAAUUGUUUCCGGAGAAUCGGGAGCUGGAAAAACUGAAUCGACAAAAUAUCUUCUUCGAUAUCUGUGCGAUCUUUGGGGAUCGACGGCUGGACCCGUUGAACAAAAAAUUCUCGAUGCCACACCAGUUUUAGAAGCGUUUGGUAAUGCAAAAACAAAACGUAACAAUAAUAGUUCACGAUUUGGAAAAUUUAUGGAAGUUCAUUUUGAUGCCAAAUGUCAAGUUGUGGGCGGUUAUAUUUCUCAUUAUUUAUUGGAAAAAUCACGUGUUUGUUUACAAAGUUCAGACGAAAGGAAUUAUCAUGUUUUUUAUAUGAUGUGCGCUGGUACAUCACCUGAACUUCGUGCAAAACUUGGUAUAACAAAACCCGAUGAUUUUCAUUAUUUACGUAAUGGAUGCACGCAAUAUUUUUGCAAUAAUUCCUCGGAGAGGAAAAUUAAUAACGCGCAAAAAAGUCGUGAUCAAAUUGAAAAGGGAAGUCUUCAGGAUCCAAUUCUCGAUGAUGUUGAAGGAUUCGCUGCAAUGGAUCAGGCGCUAUCUCGAUUAGGCAUUUCCGAUGUGGAAAAAAUGGAGAUCUACACAAUGGUGGCAGCGGUUCUUCAUCUUGGAAAUAUCACCUUUGAGGAUAAUCCGGAGGAUACGAAAGGCGGUUCGAGAAUAACUGCUAAUUCAGAAAAAGCUGUUUUAUUCUCCGCUAAAUUAUUGUCAGUGGAUCCUGAGGAAUUGCGACAAUCUCUCGUUUCAAAAGUCAUGCAAACGAGUCGAGGCGGAAUUAAAGGAACUGUCAUUAUGGUUCCCUUAAAAGUUUACGAGGCUAACAAUGCAAGAGACGCUCUCGCAAAAGCCAUUUACAGUAAACUAUUCGAUCACAUUGUUGCUCGGAUAAACAAAAGUAUUCCAUUUAAGGCUUCUAGUUACUAUAUUGGUGUUCUCGAUAUUGCUGGAUUUGAAUACUUCAAAGUGAACAGCUUUGAGCAAUUUUGCAUUAAUUAUUGUAACGAGAAACUUCAACAAUUCUUCAAUGAAAGAAUUUUGAAAUUCGAACAGGAACUUUAUGCCCGAGAAUCUCUUAAUGUUCCAAAAAUUUCCUAUGUUGAUAAUCAGGACUGCAUUGAUCUCAUUGAAUCGAAAAAUACUGGCAUCUUCAGUUUACUUGACGAGGAAUCAAAAUUGCCAACGCACAGUUUUUCCCAUUUCACCAGUGAAGUUCAUCGAACUUGGAAUGGUCAUUUUAGAAUUACUUUGCCUCGAACUUCAAAAUUGAAAGCGCACCGUGAACUUCGCGACGACGAGGGAUUUGUUAUUCGUCAUUUUGCUGGCGGUGUUUGCUAUCAAACGAAUCAAUUUAUUGAAAAAAACAAUGACGCUCUUCACGCAUCACUUGAGGGUUUAAUACAAGAAAGUGAAAAUAAAUUUCUACGUACACAAUUUGCGAAUCAUUCUAGUCAAAAGGGAAAAUUAACAUUCAUCAGCGUUGGUAGUAAAUUUAAAACACAAUUAGGCGAAUUAAUGGACAAACUUAAAAGCAACGGAACGAAUUUCAUUCGUUGCAUUAAGCCAAACAAUGAAAUGGUCAGUCAUCGUUUUGAGGGGAACAAUAUUUUGGGACAAUUACGAUGUUCAGGAAUGACUUCCGUUUUGGAAUUAAUGGAACAUGGUUAUCCAAGUAGAGUUCCGUUUCAGGAACUUUAUAAUAUGUACAAAUCGUAUUUGCCACCAGAAUUGGCAAAAUUGGAUCCUCGAUUUUUUUGUGAGGCUCUGCUUCAUAGUUUGAAAUUAAAUAAAAAAGAUUUCAAAUUUGGAAUUACUAGAGUAUUUUUUAAACCGGGGAAAUUUGCCGAAUUCGAUAAAAUUAUGAAAUCGGAUCCAGAAAAUUUACAGAAACUUGUGGCGAAUGUAAAAAAAUGGCUAUUAAAGUCACGUUGGAAUAAAAUGCAAUUUUGCGCUCUAUCUGUGAUAAAACUAAAGAAUAAAAUUAUCUAUCGUCGAAAUCAUUUGAUUGUUAUUCAAAAAACGGCACGAAUGUACAUUGCUAAAAAGCAACAUCAACCACGAAUAAAGGGAAUUGCAAAAAUACGAAAUUUAACGAGUCAAUUGUCAAGAAUGGAGGAGACUUCGAAACAAUUAAAAUCUGCUAAGGAGAAAAGUAUCAAUGAUAUCAAAACGCUGCAGACUGAAUUAAAUACUGCAAUGCAAAAAAUUAAGAAAAAUCCAAAGAUCACAGCAAUGGAAAUUGAUGCUACUUACACGAAUUUAGUGAAUCAAGUGAAUAAACAAAUGGCGGCACUUCAAGAUAUGGUUAAACAGCAAAAAAUAGCUGAAGAACAAGAGAGAUUGAGAAAAAUCCAAUUGGAAAUGGAAAAAGAGAAACGAAAAAAAGAGGAGGAGGAGCAGAAGAAACGAGAGGAGGAAGAUAAUCGAAGGAAGAAACAUGAAAUUGAAAAUAGAAGAAAAAUUGAAGAAGAAGAAAGACGAAGACAAGAAGCGGAAGAUCUUAAAACUGCUGCCGCUCUUCAAGCACAAUUAGAAAAAGAGGCAAUAGAAGAAAAUCAUUUCCGUGAGAUUUUAGAACAAGAAAGAAGAGAUCAUGAACUUGCACUUAGACUUGCUCAAGAAUCAAAUGGUCAAGUUGAAGAUUCUCCACCAUUGGCACGAAGCGCUCCUGAUUCACGAGUAACAACAACAAGCAACAAUAGACUUAUAAGAUCAGAGCAGGUUCGUAAUCAUCAAGCAGCAAUGGCGAACAAAAAAUACGACCUGUCCAAGUGGAAAUAUUCAGAAUUACGAGAUGCCAUUAAUACAUCGUGUGAUAUUGAAUUACUUGAGGCAUGUCGACAUGAAUUUCAUCGUAGACUAAAAGUUUAUCAUGCUUGGAAAGCAAGAAAUAAAAAACGCACGACAAUGGACGAAAAUGAACGAGCGCCAAGAUCAAUUAUGGAAGCAGCAAAGACACCCCAUUCGCCUUUAAAACAACCGAUCCUUGAAAUUUCGCAAAGAUUCUUCAGGAUUCCUUUUGUUCGUCCUCCGGCAGCUGGACAAUCUGAUAAUCCAAACAGUGGAGGGAAAAGAGGCUGGUGGUAUGCUCAUUUUGAUGGACAAUAUGUUGCAAGACAGAUGGAACUUCAUCCCGACAAACCACCAAUUCUUUUAGUUGCCGGCAUUGACGACAUGCAAAUGUGUGAGCUGAGUCUGGACGAGACUGGUUUAACAAGAAAACGUGGAGCUGAAAUCUUGGAGCAUGAGUUUAAUCGUGAAUGGGAACGUCACGGUGGUAAACCAUACGUGAUACCUGGAGAUCGGAAAAAAUAAAUCUUACAUCAACAUUUAUCAGGUCCUGUUUAUCAGUUUUCAUUUUUUCUUUUUUUUUUUUUUUUUUUUUUUUUAUUUUUAAA